AAAAUUAGUGUGUAUACUAUCUACAUUAUAACACAUAGUCCACACGGUGGAAACGGCAUCAUUAAUGUGGUAGCAUUCAGUUUUGAACAUUACCUAGGACUCACAACAGUACUGUCUAUUUUAAGGGAAUCAAAUGAUCUCUCUGAACACUGCAGGUACUACAGCGCCACCAUACUGCAGAUGUCUGGAGUACAGAAUGAUCAGAUGGCCAUCUGGCUGGCUUCUGCCACAGCCUUCACCAACUUCCUGUUUACUCUAUUAGGCGUGUGGCUCGUGGAUAGGGUGGGCCGCAGGAAGCUGACUCUGGGCAGCAUACUAGGUACUGCUGCAAGUCUGAUGGUUCUCGCUGCGGGUUUCAUGCUUACGGCUCAGGCCUCUCCACCCGUGACCUUUCACCCCAAUGACCCCUCCCUCCACAACUCCACCUGCAUUACAUAUGGGUUCUGUGAAUCCUGCAUGUUGAAUCCAGAUUGUGGUUUCUGUUAUGGGAAGAAUGGCACAGUGGUGAUUGAGUCCUCAUGUAUGCCUGUGGAUGCGGCCAACACUGGGGCAGCUGCAGCGGGCAGGUGUUCCAAUGGCACACAAGAGAGUUUAGGUGUAUUCUGGGCCUAUAACUAUUGCCCAACAUCUUACUCCUGGAUUGUUCUGCUGGGUCUCAUUCUGUAUCUGGCCUUCUUUGCCCCAGGUAUGGGUCCUAUGCCAUGGACAGUGAACUCUGAGAUCUAUCCGCUGUGGGCUCGGAGCACAGGGAACGCCUGCUCUGCUGGAGUCAACUGGAUCUGUAAUGUCCUCGUGUCCCUGACCUUCCUCCAUGUGGCCCAGUUCCUGACAUACUAUGGUGCGUUCUUCCUGUACUCCGGCCUGGCUCUGCUGGGCUUUGUGUUUGUGGUGGGCUGUCUGCCGGAGACCAAGGGUCUGCGUCUGGAGGAGAUCGAGCCUUUGUUCGGGAGACAGCUGUGCAGCUGUGGAGCCGGCGGCACUCCGAGCGUUCAUUACACCCGGGUAAACGGAGGAGACUACCGCUCUGAAGAAGACCUGACUGAUGAUGAAUAGAUACUGAUGAAGAUGAUUCAUGGUGCGAGGGGUGCUGUGGUUCCCAUUCCAGAGAUUCAACGUUCUAGUUGACUCGUAUCAAAAAUGUAAACGUGUCAAUUUAAUUAUGUUGAUGCUUGAUAAGCACAUGAGAUAUUUCUGCGGUGAUUAUAUUUGCACAUGUACAGAUGAGUAGUGUUAGAGACAAACGUGUUGUUUACUUAAGUAAAGGCUGUCUGGCUUCAUGAGAUCAGGAAGUGAGAUUGCUAUCCAAAUAAGUGCUCUGGAGUGCGACCCAUGUGCAUACACUUUAUUAUACUAUUGGGAGACAGAGCAAAUAGAGUUUGAUCUUUUCAAGGUGUACAGAGCUUUACGUUCAUCUUCUAGAACUUCUGUUACUAACCUCCGAAUGAAUGUUUUACACAAAAGUGAAAAUAAUCUCAUGAUUAAAACUCCUUAAAACCUUAA